AUGCCUUCCCUCCAGGUGACCGCGUCCAGCAUCCCCCUCUCCCUGGCCUCCUGCUCGAUCGGCCUCCCCCGCCACACCCUCCACCAAAAGCUCGAGGCUAUCUCCCUCACCGGCUUCCAGGGUAUCGAGCUCUCAUUUCCAGACCUUCUCGCUCACGCGCGCGAGCUGCAAUCCCUUGGCCAGCUCCCCGCCGGCGAUAUCCAAGACGACGACUGGCCGACGCUGUGCAAGGCCGCCGAGCACGCUCACCACUUGUGCGCCACCCAUGGCCUGAAGAUUCUCGUGCUGCAGCCCUUUGCCAACUUCGAGGGCUGGACAGACUCCAGUGCCCGUGAUGCCGUGUUUGCCAGGGCCAAGGGUUGGGCUGCGAUCAUGAAGGCAGCGAAAACGGACAUGUUGCAGGUUGGGUCAACGGACACGCCGUCACACAAGAUCACUUCCUCCAAAGAGACCCUUGCGGCGGACCUCGCAGCCCUUGCCGACCUGCUCUCCUCCGAGAACCCGACCUUUAAGAUCGCCUACGAGAACUGGUGCUGGGCGACCCAUGCACCGGGGUGGCGCGACGUGUGGGAUAUUGUGCAGCUGGCCGGACGGCCCAACAUAGGUCUGUGCCUGGACACAUUCCAGUCUGCCGGCGGGGAGUGGGGGGAUCCCACGACGUCUUCGGGGCGUGUUCAGCGUCAGGGGCUGACGGAGGAUGCGCUGACAGCGGGCUGGCUCGACAGCCUCCGCGACUUGGUCAGAGAGGUGCCUCCAGAGAAGAUCUUUUUCCUUCAGAUCAGCGACGCGUACAAGGUACAGCCCCCUCUCGCGCCACAUCCGGAGCCGAACGACGACAGCGGUCUCAGGCCCAGGGGGAGGUGGAGCCACGACUAUAGGCCGCUGCCGUACGACGGCGGGUAUCUGCCCAUUGCAGAUUUCACACGGGCAGUCCUCGAGACUGGAUUCAGGGGAUGGUUGAGCGUAGAGGUGUUUGAUGGGAAGUUUGAGGACAAGUAUGGCGAUGACCUGAUGCGGUUCGCCGAGAAGGCGAGAGAUAAUACGAGGAGGCUAGUAGAAGAAGCUGCUGGGAUGGAAAGUCUGUGA